UCAAGUCGAAACCUGAUCGACUGACAACCUAAUCACUCCCGAUAAAUUUUACAAGGUUAUACACGAAUAAGUUGAUUCAGUAUUUUCGUUUAAUAUUUCGUUUAGCUGUAUUUAUACAUUUGUUGUUAUGGCAAAUAAAAAAGCUGCUGUUCAAGAUGUUGUUACUCCGUGGGAAGUAACAGCAACCUCGGCGAGUGGAAUUGACUAUGACACACUCUUAAAAGGAAAACAUUAUGCAGACUGUGAGAAGAUUAAUGACGAGCUAAUAGAAAGGAUAGAAGAUAUAACUGGAAAACCAGCCCAUCAUUUUCUGAGAAGAGGAAUUGUCAUUUCUCACAGUAUGAUGAAUGACAUCUUGGAUUUGUACCAAGCGGGAAAGCCAUUUUACCUAUAUACAGGACGCGGGCCUUCGUCAGAAUCUUUGCAUCUUGGGCAUCUUGUACCUUUUCAGUUUACAAAAUGGUUGCAAGAUACAUUUGACGUACCUCUUGUAAUACAGUUGACUGAUGAUGAAAAAUAUUUGCGGAAGGGAAUUUCAACACCAGAAGAAGCAGUUAAACUGUCACGUCAGAAUGCAAAAGACAUAAUAGCAUUUGGUUUUGAUGAGAAGAAAACAUUUAUAUUUUCUAACUUCGAAUAUAUGUGUCCUCCUUUUUACAAGAACAUCUGCAGAAUUGAGAAAUUAGUCACAAACGGCGAGGUGAUGAACAAGUUCGGAAUUGGAAAACGUGACUCGAUAGGCAAGACCAGCUUUCCAGCAAUACAGGCCGCCCCAAGUUUCUGCUCUUCUUUCCCUGAAAUAUUUUGUGGCAGUAAGGACAUUGCAUGUCUUAUUCCUUGUGCUUUAGACCAGCACAUUUUCUUUCAAGUAACAAGAGAAGUGGCUCCGUUCAUUAUUGGUAAAAAACCAGCUUUAAUCCAUGCUACCUUCCUUCCUGCUCUGAAUGGAGCCAAAACUAAAAUGAGCGCUAGUGAUAAAAAUUCUGCAAUUUUUCUAACCGACAGAGAACACGAGAUUGAAAAGAAGAUACAAGAGGUGAAGGUAAAUGACAGAGUAAGCAGUGGAAUGGGUCCAGUGUAUGGUAAGAGAGAGAACCUAGAGUCAGACAUCUCUUAUCAAUUGGCGAAGUUCUUUUUUGAAGAUGAAAUGGAAUGGAAUGAAAUCAAACAGGAUUACGAAACACGGAGAUUAUCAGCGAUGGAACUGAAGGAAAGGCUGAUCAUAGUUCUUAAAAAGACAGUCAGAAAAAUACAAGAGGAGCGUGAAAACGUCACGGACGACAUUGUAACAAAAUUUAUGUCGCCAAGACCACUUAUUUACAAAUACAAGAAUGUGAUGUAAAAAUAUUUCUAAAACUUUCUUGAAACAGUAACUUUUGCAUAGUGUUAAUUCUUAUAAUCAGAAUUUAAUAAAACAUUUGACGAGUAUCAUCAUGAACGUGCGUUGUCAAAUAUCACAGUAUGUACAAAAGCUAUAGAAGAGUAGACCGCAAUCUAGACAGACUCAGUAUAUCAAGUCUAUCUCAUUGACAUCGCCACGAAAGAUUUUCCUAUGAAAUGUAAUUCCAAACUAAUAACUUAAAUCCAUGUGAGUGUAUAGGAGGUUCGUAUUCGAUAAUGGUACCUCACACUACCUACACCUUUACAGUAAUCAGAAUGAUAUAGAUUGGCAUCACCAUAUACUGAUGCUCGCAUUCCAUAUGCUUAAUUGUAAAACAGUUAAAUGUGCAAAUUGUGUUUUUGACUGAACAUUUGUUAUGUAAUUUGUUUAUGUGAAGUGACUUAUAUUGUUUGUCCAAACAUAUUACUAAAAAUAUUAAAAUAAUCAAAGAAAGUCAUAAUCUAUCAUAAGUAUUCAUAAUCAUAUUCAAAAGUAUCUUGGCUUAUAUGGUAUAAUAUGUUUUAUCUUUCUGUUUGUUUUGAUGUUGGAUCAUGCUUAUUGGACCAGUUCGUUUCGUCCAACCCCCUAUGUCGGUCACGUAAGCGGCAAUAAAAAAUCUCGUUUUAUUUAAUGAACGAACGCUCCAGCGUACGUCGGCCACGUGAGCUCCAAGUAAAAAGUAACAAAUUUAUUAUUAGUUUAGAGUUUCUGUUGUGGCUCAUUCCAAAUAAGUUUUUCGUGUGAGUCUACCUUUACUGGUGUCAAGCACAAAUUUCCCAAACAAAUGCCGUAAGCGAGGUUUGGAACCCACAGCGAU